CCGCUUCGCCCGGUCUGUCCGCUCCGUGGUAAACACGUGCGGUAUUUAGCUCGCGAUCGCUUGCGAAAUUCGCUCUUACCUCAGAAUAUGUGGUAUCAUAAUGUUUAUGAAACUAUUUGUCAAGUUUAGGACUACGUUAUAAAUUUAAUUGAAGCUUUGAGAGGGUGUUGGUUUCGCUUCGCUGUGAUCCCGUGGUGAAGUUGAUGUGCGACUUUGAACACCCAUCUGAACCCAACAAAAAUCGACGACAUGCUCAAGACACUCUGUAGAGCGCACGUUCCAGGCCUCAGACUUGUGCCCUCAACAUGCACACAUGUCUCCAAGUUGUUGCGUUCCCUUCGAAGGGCCAAGCACACAUUGAAGGACAAUAAGGCCCGUUACGAUGUGAUCGUUGUCGGCGGCGGUCAUGCCGGAACCGAAGCAGCUUCCGCAUCAGCACGGAUGGGCUGCAACACGCUGCUGCUCACACAUCGGUUCGAUACCAUAGGGGAGAUGUCUUGCAAUCCAUCCUUUGGAGGCAUCGGAAAAGGACACCUGAUGAGAGAAAUAGAUGCCCUUGGAGGAGUUUGCGGCAAAAUCUGCGAUCUUUCAGGUAUCAGUUAUCGCAUCCUGAACAGACGGAAGGGACCAGCUGUCUGGGGUCCUCGUGCACAGAUCGACAGGACUCUGUACAAGCGCCACAUCCAGAGUUACCUCAAGGACCAUCCAAACCUGACCAUCCUUUGUGGCAGCGUGGAAGACCUGGUGCUGGAAGGAGGGGGGCACAAAAAGCGGUGCUGCGGAAUACGCCUGGAGGAUGGUUCUGAAAUCUACUCGCACUCCGUUAUCCUGACCACGGGCACAUUCCUGAGAGGGCAGAUCAACAUCGGUCUUGAGACAUAUCCGGCUGGACGAUUAGGUGACAAGCCGGCUAUUGGGCUGGCCCAGACUCUGGAGCGGCUUGAGUUCAGGCUUGGAAGGCUGAAGACAGGUCUGUUGCCAGGACCCCCGCCGAGGCUGGACGGUCGCACAAUCGAUUACAGCAACCUAAAAAUUCAGCUGGGAGACGACCCUCCCGAGCCUUUCUCGUACAGCAACUCUUCAGUCUGGAUAAAGGCCGAGGACCAGGUGCCAAUGCACCUGACCUAUACAACGCCCGAGGUGGACGCACUGGUGAUGGAGAACCUCCACCUGGACAGGCAUGUGAAAGAAGAGAUCACAGGUGUGAGGUACUGCCCAUCAAUUGAGUCCAAGGUCCUCCGUUUCAAGGGGCGAUCUCACCAAGUUUGGUUGGAGCCAGAAGGGCUGGACACUCACAUCGUGUACCCCAACGGCAUCUCUUGCACCCUGCCAGCGGACAUUCAGCUCAAGCUGGUGCGAUGCCUGCCGGGAUGUCGCGACGUGGACAUGAUCAGGCCGGGUUAUGGGGUAGAGUAUGACUUCAUCGACCCCCGGCAAGUGAAGCCCAGCCUAGAAACCAAGGAGGUCCCCGGGCUCUUUUUUGCCGGACAGAUCAACGGCACCACGGGAUACGAGGAAGCCGCAGCCCAGGGCAUUGUGGCAGGGAUCAAUGCAGCCUGCCGGGUCCAGCGCAAGGACCCCUUUGUGGUGACCCGCCUGGAGGGCUACAUCGGGGUCCUGGUGGAUGACCUGACCACCCAGGGCACCCUGGAGCCCUACCGUAUGUUCACCAGCCGGGCAGAGUUCAGGCUCUCGCUCAGACCCGACAACGCUGACCUACGGCUCACCGAAAGAGGGCAUGAGGUGGGGUGCGUCGCGGCGGAGCAGUCGAGGGCCACGUGCGAGGUAAGGCGGAUUCUGGAGGAGGCCCAGCACUUCCUGGGGUCCCAGGUGCAGUCUUCCCACAAGUGGAGUGACCUCAUGGGCCUGCCGGAAUCCACCAACCCUCAGUGCAAAUCUGCCUUGGAAAUGUUGGGAAAUCCAGACGUUACCAUUGAACACAUCACCAGCCUCUUCCCGACAGAACUUGAAGCUGUGAGGUCUCGACCUGAUCUCAUGAAAAGGCUUAAAAUCGAAGCCAUGUAUGCGAACCUUGUAGCUCAGCAGGAAAAGGAGAUUCUUGAACUGGAAGAAACGGAGAUGCUGCAGCUUCCCUGCGACAUCGACUACGAGAACCCAAGUUUGAACCUGUCCAAUGAAAUACGAGAGAAAUUGCAGGCAGCCAAGCCCUCCACUGUGGGUGCAGCAAGCAGAAUACCAGGAAUGACCCCCGUCGCCAUCCUGAGGCUGCUCAGGCUCACGCGGCAAAAGCAGAAGCUUUCUUCCGUCGCCUGAUACGGGGACAUGUGAUAUAGUGACUCCAAAGUUAAGAAGCAUCGUAGCACUAACAAAUUUGUCCACUUUUAUAAAGGU